CUUUCACCUGUUCACAGACACAUUUCAUGCCCCCUUUCUCCCCCCCUACUCCGGAUUGCCUUCGAUCAGCCCAGUGACAGUGACCAAAGCCCACACCUCUCCAACCAUGCUGUGGUCCGCCGCCUGCAGCCUGCUUCUCCUCCUCUCCUCGCCCUUCUCCGGCGCCUCCCUGUCCGAGAUGGUGUUCCGCUGCCCGGGCUGCACCGCGGAGCGCCAGGCGCUCUGCCCGCAGCUCGCCGAGCCGUGCGCGGAGAUGGUGCGCGAGCCUGGCUGCGGGUGCUGCCCCGUGUGCGCCCGGCAGGAGGGCGAGGCGUGCGGCGUCUACACCCCGAGGUGCUCCACCGGUCUGCGCUGCUACCCGACCCCCGACUCGGAGCUUCCCUUGGAGCAACUGGUGCAGGGCCAGGGCCAGUGCCGGCGCAAAGUGGACACGGAGACGGUCACUUCCAGCCCGGAGCAGCGGGAGCACACCAGCGGUGAAGCCUUGGAGCUGGAGCCCGAUCUGGACGUGAGCGAAAUCACCACAGUCCGAAAGCCCAGCAAAGACGCCACCUGGCUCGGACCCAAGGAGAGCGCCGUACGCCAGCACAGGCAGGAGAUGAAGACCAAAAUGAAGACCAACAAGGUAGAAGAGGUGAGACCUACUCGUCCGAAACAGACUCAGUGUCAGCAGGAGCUGGACCAGGUCCUGGAGAGGAUAUCCAAGAUGCCCUUCAGAGAUAACCGAGGUCCUUUGGAGGACCUCUAUGCACUGCACAUUCCCAACUGUGACAAGAGGGGGCAGUAUAACCCAAAACAGUGCAAAAUGUCACUCCACGGUCAGAGGGGCGAGUGCUGGUGCGUCAACCCCCUGACUGGCCGACGCAUCCUAUCAGCUCCAACUGUGAGGGGGGACCCCAACUGCAGCCAGUACCUGGACGAGCUGGAGCUGCACGAUGCACCCCAAAUCUAAUGUGGCUCAAAAACUGAAAACCUAAAAGAAAAAAAAACAAAGAAACUGAAACUGUAAAGUGCUUGGGAUCAAAGAGCAAUCUGAGUAAGCUAUAAGCUAUACAUGUGUGUCUGUAGUCUGUUUAUUGGCGGUUAAAGUUUAAAUCUUAACAUAGUAAAAAA